GCUCCUCCUUGGGCGCAUGGGAUGAUUUUGCUAGCAGCUAUGCCAAUGAUUCAGCCCAAGGGGAUUGGAUGGGUGUUUAAAGGCAACAGGAGUGUUCAGCGUGGCAUUCCUUUCUAAAGCCACGCCAGCAAAGCUCUUUUCUUUCCCACCAUUAGAAAUAGGCAGCAAACUUCUCACCAUUAUCAGGUAACGCUCCCAUGGAGAGGGGUCUGACUAGGUCCUGGGACAUGCAUCCUCUAACCGUUUUCCUCUUGCCAGCCUGCUUGUCCUCUGUUUGGCUGAUGGAAUGGAAGGCACUGGAUGAAUACGUCAACCUCCCUGACUCUCACUAUGAAUAUAACUUGCUGUCGAAGAAGAGAGAAAAUUUACUUUUCCUUGAAGCCACAUUUCAUACCAUCAAAAUGAGCUCCCAGAAGUGGCUGGAUGAAUCCGAAGUUGACAAACCAAUUUGGCGGCAUGAAUUGACGAUUGUUGUGCCAAGACAUGGGGUAACUAAUAACGAAUCGUGCCUCCUCAUAAUCACUCCUGCAAAAAAUGAUGGAUCUGCUUCCAGUAAUCUUUCUUCAAAAGAUCAUCUGAUAUAUUUAGCAGACAGAUCUAGAUCGAUGGUAGCAGUGCUGAGGCAGGUUCCCUUCCAGCCACUGACCUUUCAUAAACACCCAUUAGGACGUAAGAAAAUCAAAGGAUUGGAUAUAUUUGCAUAUUCCUGGUGGAGGUUUAUGAAUGACCCAGAUGCACCACCACACUGGCUUGUGCAAUUCCCGAUGGUCAAGGUACUCCUCACGUUCAUGUCCUCCAAAGAUGGCUACGGAUCCCAGAGACUCCGCACUCUUUCACAAGCCACCGUGAGAGCCAUGGACACGAUCACAGACUACAUGAUGAAAACAAUGAAGAAAAACAUCACACGGUUCAUACUGACAGGUAUUUCCAUGGAUGGAUGGAUCACUUGGCUGACUGCAGCAGUUGACACUAGAGUUGUUGCAAUUAUUCCCAUUGGCAUGGAUUUUCUCAACCUCACAGAGAGUUUCCCCCACCAAUACCGAGCGUAUUGUGGCUGGUCUUAUAGGCUAAGAGCCUUCUAUGAGAUGAAUAUAACCCAAGAGUUGGACCACCCCCGUUUCAGUCUUCUGGCUUCUCAUUUGGACCCACUGGCAUACAAUGAGCGGUUCACAAACGUAUCCAAGUUCAUAAUCCUUGCAUCAGGGGAUGAAGUCUCCAUGCCUGACAACUCCCAUUAUUACUUUCCCUACCUAGAAGGAGAGAAGCAUCUCCACAUCAUCCCAAAUGCUGAUUACAGAUUUCAAGGUUCAUCAACACUAUCAAAGCCAAUCCGCGUUUUCUAUUGGCGGGUCAAAAAUAAUUAUCCACAUCCCUCAGUCUCUUGGCAUAGAACAAUGACAAAUUCCACUGGAAUCAUCUAUUUCAAUUCGUCCCCAGAACCCAAUGAAAUUUUCUCUUACCAUGCUGACACUGUUGGGGGUACCAGGCAAGACUUCAGAAUGAGGACAGGAGCUGGAAAUUCUUUUCAGAACAACAAUGUUAAAUGGACAAAGACCAAUGUUGAGCAUGUGAAAAGUCGUCAGUAUAAGAAGGAACUGGAAAUUCCAGCAGAGGGAUGGAGGGGCUUCUUCAUUCAGGCCACCUUCCCAGGAGAUGGCAGUGGUGUGAAGUUGGUGUUGACAUCAGAAAUCCACAUCAUUCCAGACACUUUCCCGUGUCCUAAUUGCAACGGAUGCCAGGGAACACUGGUCUGAAAACCUUCAAGAAACAACGAUGAAGCAAUUUGUUUUUCCUAAGGGAAUUUGGGUGGUGGUUCUAGAACUUAGGUGGUAUAACAAAGGAAAAGGUAUAAGGUAGAACUAUGCUGAAAAUGUAGCUCUAAUGUUAGAUAGGCUUGCUUUGGUUCUAAAAAAACUGUGUUCUCAUCAUUAGAAUAUUAGACUAAGGGCCAAGCUACACAUGACGAAUGACACUUGAACGGCAAGUGGAUUGAGCGGAGGGCAAGUGAACAGGGAGAAAUACACUUGCUGUUCAAGUGUCAUUCGUCAUGUGUAGCUUGGCCCUAAGAUAGUUCAAGUCCUCGCUGAGCUGAGUUUCAAAUGCUUGCUGGGCAUCUUGCAGCUUUAGUUUGGGGGGUGAUACUCUCAGUUUAUCUAUCCUAGUGGGUUGUCAUAAAGAUAAAAAUGGGGGGUUGACCAUACAUACUGUCCUGAGUUUACUGGAGAACAGGUGGGAUAAAAAAAAAAUCUCAAAAUAAGAGCAAAGACACUGCAUACAUUUGUUGGUCAUAGAGAACUAUAAGGCUGAGAGAGUCAGAGUGUCGGAAAACUUCACUACAGAAAAUAAGACAGAUUAAUAAGAACAAAAAUGCUACUGAAAGUGCUCUUCACUGAGGCUGUUUUCUUUGUCUUUUCUGUCUUCCAUUUUUGCUAAGAAACAAACUACAUGAGAUACUAACAUAGCAAAUAGCAUGCAGGUGUUUCACACUUACCACACUGACAUUUUUAUCAUCUCAAUUCUACCUUCUCUGGGGCUGCAAUUGACCCCACUGGGGCAAACAUCUAGGAUGCAGUCUAGGGAGACAAUGGAAAUACCCCCAAACCUUGCUGAAAACAGUUUCUCUCAUAAUGUGGCUCUGUUCUGAAAUGAAUCACACACAACCACAAGGACCCCAUCCAUUUGGCCCUCUGUUGCCUUGAAGGACACAAUCCACUAAGCAGCAGAGACAAGGUUGCCCAUCCCAAACUGUACAAAUGUGCCAAAGUUCAAAUUCCAGCUCCACCUCAGAUACUUGAGGAAAUCUGUACAGCUUGCCACCCGCGGGCUGUAGCAUUGUAAAAUGCAUAUUCUAUCUUGCAAGUAUGUUAUGGAAAAUUACUAGCCAAAAUUACCUUUACAUAAUUAUUCCUGUUAUCAUUUUACUACAUAAAUGGCUUUCCCCCCUUUUCCUUUCUCAUACUUAAUAAAACUUUCUUCAUCUGA